UAAAUUCAUGUUUUCAUCUUCAAUCUAUAGUAACAAAUCUGUUUGUGUUUCUCAGAUCUUCCAGCCACAAUUCGGAAUAAUUGCAAGUAACAGUAAUGAGGUGUUGCGUCUCAAUGGACUCACUCUGGCAGGUGUGGGUUUGGGUCCAGGACAGGGUACUGCGUUUUUCCCUCCCUUCCUGUUUCAACAGCAGCCCCCACAGGUGCUGAACUUCAACCCUGCGAUGCAGGGACCCUUCCUGCCCCCUCAAAUAAACCAGCUGAACCCAGCACAGCUGCCCCCAUUGCUGCAGGAGCAGCCUAUACCUGGCAUCGGUCCCAACUAUGGGAUACCAACACAGAACCUUCCCCCGGGAUUUCCAUUCUUCCUGAAUAAUCUAUUUCCUCAGAGGAACACUCCUGUAAGGCUGAUACCUAAUCAGAACACUGGCCCAAGUAUUCAAGGCCAGGACACCAUGCAACCAAUGCAGCCAAUGCAACCAAUGCAACCAAUGCAACCAAUGCAGCCAAUGCAACCAAUGCAACCAAACAGGGGAAAGUCCGACCCGAAGGUAACGUCUGCUCCUGAUUACCGUGGUGAUCGGCCCGGUCCGGGAACUGGAGAGGCAGAGGAUGGAGAACGUCGAGAGAAGCGCUCGUCAAGCAGUUCCUCAGAGAGACAACCUGGAGGCUUCUUCAAUCCAUACCCAUUUCAGCGUCCCUAUCCCUAUCCGUACUUUCCAACUUACCAGCCUCAGCCUCAGCCUCUGCCUCAGCCUCUGCCUCCAAACAACAAUGCUUUCCUCAGCCUCUUGCCAUUCAUCUUAGCACAGUUGGCAUCCAGUCCUGCUCCUGCCCCGGCCCCGGCCCCGGCUCCGGCCCCUGCACCAGCUCCUGCGCCAGCCCCUGCACCUGCCCCAGCUCCUGCUCCUGCUCCAGCUCCUGCUCCUGCCCCUGGUGGGCGAUAA